UCCCUCCCACAGUUCUUUUUCCAGGUGGCGGAGACCAUGCGGCUCUCUGUAACCCUGGCACCUUGGAUUCUCCUCCUCAUCCAGGAUAUUCUGCCUCUCACGCUGGCCCAAGAGAGGACGCUGCGCUUCGUCACGCUGGUGUAUCGCCAUGGUGACCGAUCCCCUCUGGGCACCUACCCCACGGAUCCCCACAAAGCGGCACCCUGGCCACAAGGCUUCCAGCAACUCACUGAGGUAGGUAUUUUGCAACAGAAGGCAUUGGGACGAUUCCUCAGAGAGAGAUAUGCUGGCUUCCUGAGUGCAUCCUACAAACCACAGGAGAUCUAUAUCCGCAGCACAGAUUACGACCGUACCUUAAUGAGCGCCCAAGCCAACCUGAUGGGGCUGUAUCCAAGUUCAGAUCCAGAGAUCAGCUGGAGACCUGUUCCCAUCCACACUGUGCCUACGAAGUAUGAUAAGCUGCUGAAGCCGCCAACCCGGAACUGCCUACGAUACCAACAGCUGAUGGGAGAGACAAUUAAUUUGCCAAGCUAUCAGGCUAAAAUGGAGACCUGGAAGGGCUUUAUGAGAGAGAUGGCAAACCACACAGGGCUUAAAGAGGAACAGCUGACCCUGAGGGGCCUUUGGAGGGUCCACGACUCCCUCUUCUGCCAGGUAGGCAUACUGCACCACAUAACAGCCUCCCCACAGUUUGCCUCCAACCAUACCUUUCUCUGGUGUUUUUUUCUUUCCUUGCAGAAAACACACAACCUGACCUUGCCCAGCUGGGCCACGCCACAGGUCCUGGCCACCCUUUCAGAGAUGGAAGCAUUCAAUGUCGAAGCCCAUGUGGGAAUGCAUGCAAGCCAGGAGAAGGCCCGAUUCACUGGAGGUAUAUUACUUGGCGCUAUCCUGAGCAACUUCUCCAAAGUAGUGUGCCGAGAUCUGCCCCUGAAAAUGAUCAUGUAUUCUGCUCAUGACAGCACCUUAAUCGCUCUUCAAGGAGCCCUGGGCGUUUAUAAUGGUCCCCCUCCACCCUAUGCUGCCUGUCAUGGGUUCGAGUUCUACCAGGAAAGCAAUAACUCCUUCAGUGUAUCCAUGUUUUAUCGGAACGAAAGCAGCCACCAGCCCCACACAUUAUCCCUUCCUGACUGCCCCACACCUUGCCCACUGCCUCUCUUCAUUCAUCUUACGAAGGCAGUCGUCCCGCUGGACUGGGAUGCCGAAUGCCAAAACCCUCGGGCAGGCACAGGUAAAGCAAGGUCUUUUCCCUCCCCCUGGGAAGACGUUCGCACUGACUCUCCCACUCACACCUGCUCAAUUCCUUUUGCAGGGCGCACCUUAACAGCGCUGGCUGUGGUAGUAGGCCUGCUAAGCAUGGCAUUAAUAGGAGUAGGCAUCAUGUAUUGGAGGAGGUGAUGGGAAGAUGGGCUCAUGGCAACCACCAAUCGCCCUCAUGGGAAGAGAGAACAGCCUCUACAUGUUGUGAAGUGUGGUCCAGUGGAGCCAAGGGGGGCAAACUCAGACUCCAUCCACAGAAGCUGAUGGUCCAAGCAGCACAGGCAAGAGGCACAUUUACUGUAGGGAAUUAUUAGGAGACUUAAAAAUAAAGCAAGUAGUGCAAUGCUUGUGAGUACUA